GAGAUAGAUAGAAGGGUUUGAGAAUUGACAAGGUGUGUUUGUGGUGUGUGAGUAUUUUGAAUACAAAUAAAUUGAGCAGUAUCGUCUUUCUUUCUGGAGGAACAGAGAAAGAUGAAAACGAUAUUAUUGUUAUUCACUCUAUCAUCCAACUUCUAUGGUGUCUCUGCUAUUCUUGUUCUUACUUUAUUGUUUCUUCUGAACCGUAAGAGAUUCUUGUUCGCCUCGUCUUCAUCAACACCCUCUCUCAUCUCCUCCGGUUCCACCAAUUCAAACCUAAGAACCUCAACGACUGUGACAGAUGCGGAUUUGAAGUUUCUAAUGGAGAUUUUGGAUGAAAAUCUAAAUGAGAAUGAUAAAUGGGAGGAUGUCAUAGAUAAAAGAAACCAACAUAUAUGCUACAAAGCAAAAUCCAGCAAACCUAAGAAUGGUCCCCUAAGAUAUUGGAGUGUGACCGUGUUCAAUGAUAUUUCGGCUGAGAUGCUAAGAAACUUCUACAUGGACAAUGACUACAGAAAACAAUGGGAUGAGACAGUGGUUGAUCACAAUCAACUGCAGGUGGAUGAAUCGGGUGGUUCUGAAGUUGGUCGUACAAUUAAAAAGUUCCCUUUUUUGAAGUCUAGAGAAUAUGUGCUAACUUGGAAGUUGUGGGAGGGGAAGGAUAAAACUUUUUACUGUUUUAUAAAGGAAUGUGAACAUCCUUCAGCACCACGGCAGAAAAAAUAUGUAAGAGUUGAGCUUUUCAGAUCUGGCUGGCGAAUAAGACAAGUACCUGGUAGAAAUGCCUGUGAGAUCACCAUGAUUCAUCAGGAAGAUGCUGGUUUGAAUGUGAAGAUGGCAAAACUGGCUUUCUCCAAUGGAAUAUGGAAUUAUGUAUGCAAGAUGGAUAAUGCACUUAGAAGAUACUCUGCUGUAAAAGGCCAUUUAUCCCGAUCAGUUACCACGUCAGUCAAAUUAAUGCAGAAGGUACCGGCUUGCUUGGAAUCUAGUACGUCUUCUGCUCAUCCUUCUAUCAUUCAUGAUCGCGACGAAUCUCAAGUGCGUGCGAUCUCAAGAAGGCCAUCAAAGAAGUUGGUAGCCAAUGGUUUGCUGCUUCUAGGGGGUGCAAUAUGUUUAUCUCGUGGUCACUCUAGCCUAGGUGCUAAAGUUGCAAUGGCAUACAUCGUCACAAAAUUUAGUCAACGUAAUACAAAUUCAAACCAAGCAAAACAUAGUUGAGUGAUAAAGUAAAAACAUGUAUAACAACUUUUUAUAGAAUGUGAAAUUAAUCGGUUUGAAUCAAUCUUAACAAUGUUUACAUAAUUUAGAUAUAUGUUGGUUGUUAUGUAAAUAAUAUAUUUAUUUGUAUUCUAAUUAUUAUAUCAUAUAUCGCACAGCACUGUUAAGAUCA